AUGACCAAAUCUCAGUCAUUACUUACACCUGAGAUCGAAAAACAACUUAGUUACCCAAAGUACUGGGAAAGAGAUUCCACAUUAUGGGGAAGCAUAGCGGAUUGGGAUCUCUAUUUUAUCAAUGAAAUGCCCGGUUCGUCAUGCGAUGUAUCACAUAAAACACUAGCGAGUGAACUCGAAACACUUCUUAAUCACUUUUCUGAAAAUAGUCGUGAAUGGUGCAAGGCAAAAACGAUCAAGAAACAACUGAAG